GUACAUUAGAAAAUCAGAAACACUGGGAUAGCAUAUUCACAGCUAGUAGUGGGGGUCACUUCUGAAUUAGCAAAGAGGUCCCAUGGUCACAGUUGGAAUGAAGGUGCCACUGUCGUAGUACUUUUUUAAUGUAGUGUUUAUAGAAACAUAUAAGAGGAAAAUUAUUUUUUCACGGUCAGUGUUAAAACAUUCACAUUUUUAUGUUUUGUUUUUAUAGUAAAUCAUGACAACAGUUGAGGAUUAUACAAAGAUUGAAAAAAUAGGUGAAGGGACUUACGGAGUUGUAUAUAAAGGUAAGAACAAGAAAACUGGACAACUAGUUGCAUUGAAGAAAAUAAGACUUGAGAGUGAGGAUGAAGGAGUUCCUUCAACAGCUAUUAGGGAAAUUUCCUUGCUGAAAGAAUUAAAGCACCCAAAUAUUGUUUGUUUACAGGAUGUAUUAAUGCAAGAAAAUCGGUUGUACCUGGUGUUUGAAUUCCUUUCUAUGGAUCUCAAGAAAUACCUGGACAAUAUUCCUAGUGGGCAGUUUAUGGACAAGAAGUUAGUGAAGAGCUACCUCUACCAGAUUAUACAAGCCAUCCUAUUCUGUCACCAGCGAAGAGUCUUGCAUCGAGAUCUCAAGCCACAAAACCUACUUAUUGAUCAGAAAGGAGUAAUUAAAAUUGCAGAUUUUGGUCUGGCACGAGCCUUUGGAAUUCCUGUACGAGUAUAUACCCAUGAAGUGGUUACAUUAUGGUAUCGAGCUCCAGAAGUGCUACUUGGCUCUCCGCGUUACUCAACUCCUGUAGAUGUCUGGAGUAUUGGAUGUAUAUUUGCUGAAAUGGCUAACAAGAAGCCACUGUUUCAUGGAGAUUCUGAGAUUGACCAGUUGUUUCGUAUUUUCAGGUAA